UAAGUUUGGUGCAAACACACAAACAGGUGAUGUUUGGAGAUUUGGAUUAUAUGAUAGAAGACAGCUCUGUUUUUGUUUUGUUUUUUAAUCACUGUGCAUCUCCAUGUGAGCAUCUGAGAAUCUAAAAUACAAUGGCCAAGGAGCUGAAGGCAAGGCUGGGAAGCAUUUUGCAGAUCCAUAACUGGAAUCUAUCCUGUUGCAAAAUAGGAAAAAAUAAGCCAACCCUGGAGGAAUGCCUUAGGUGGAAAGAGUCCUUUGAAAAACUCCUUUCCAGCAAAUAUGGACUGUGUGCCUUCACAGCCUUCCUGAUGUCUGAGUUUAGUGAGGAGAACAUCGCAUUCUACUUUGCCUGUGAGGAAUAUAAAAAUACCAAGUGUCCUACCAAACUAGCUGCUAAGGCUAAGAAGAUCUAUGAUGAAUUUAUCGGCAGUGAAGCCCCCCGGGAGAUCAAUAUUGACCAUGAAACUCGUGAUAUCACCAAAGCCAACAUGAUGACCCCCACACCUUCUUGUUUUGACAUGGCCCAGCACAAGAUCUACAUGCUCAUGGCCAAAGAUUGCUAUCCUCGCUUUCUCCGCUCUCCAGCCUACAGGGAUCUAAUGUGCCAAGCCAAGCCGAGCACCAAGGCCAGAAAUCCACCCCAGCAGGAGAAGAAAGCUUGAAAUCUGUCCACGAGCCAGUAAGGGAUUUGUUGGUGAUCGCCUUAAGAUUUUAAAAAUGCAAGGAAAGUCUGGCACAAAGUGCUUCAUCAUGAAGCCACUACUGGUGCAGAUGCAGAGUUCUGCAUGAGAGCAGCUGUGGAUGGGCCCAUAGUGCAGAGGCCAUUUCUUUGAAGAAGAAAACAGAACGGAGACAAAAAGGAAAAUGGAGGAAAGCUUAAAAUGCACUGCUGUUGAUACAGACGGCGUUCGGACAGUAAAGAAAGAGUUCUACUAAACAGACUGAGUGACAAUCAAGCAGGAAGGCAACAAAUGUGGAAAAUGCACUUUUCUUAGCCAUUAGGCAAACUUUUGUAGUUGUGACGUGCAAUGUCUGUCAAAGUUGUUCACUGUAUAUGCGUAUGGGCAUGUGUAGUACUUUAUGAAUUUGUAUUUGCGUGUAAUAUGUAUAUAUAUAUAUAUAUAUGUUGAAUUUUUAAUGAAAGUUGAAAAUAAUGUGCAGUUUAAUUUAUACUACAAUAUUUAUAUGACUGUUUUUUCUACAUAACAGCAAAUAAACUA